UCUCAGCGUCGCCGGCGCAGCCGCCAUUGUUCGGCUGGCGGCGAGUCGACUGGUCUCUGUGGCGUUAGUGGCCCUUGGGUUUAGGGUCGCCUGGGGCGUCUGUCCUCAACCUGUCGGUCCAGGAUGGACACCGAGGAAGAAGCGGCAGCAUUGACUAUGGCUAAGGGGCCGCCGGCGGAACGGCUUCAGGAGCCGGUGACCUUCCGGGACGUGGCUGUGGACUUCACCCAGGAGGAGUGGGGGCAUCUGGGCCCUGCCCAGAGGAUCCUAUACCGUGAUGUGAUGCUGGAGACCUUUGGGCACCUGUUGUCUGUGGGGCCUGAGCUUCCCAAACCUGAAGUCAUUUCCCAGCUGGAGCAAGAGGCCGAGCUAUGGGUGGUGGACAGAGGACUUGUCCAGGGCUCUUGUCCAGUGUGGGAGUCUGGACCUGAAGGCCAAGUGUCACCCAAGGAGGGCCUUCCUGAGGAGAUGCCAUCCGUUGUCAUGGAAAAGGAAGGCUUCCUGAGAGAUGCUCCCUGUCCCACCACACUCAAGGAAGAUUGGGAGUGUGAGGGCCACGUAAAGGUGCCAGAGAAGAACCAGGAUGAUUUGAGGCAAUUGGAAUUUAGCCUCGAGGAAGCACCAGUUCAAGAUAGAAGCUACCAAAGUCUCAGUCUUGGGGAAAACUAUGUCCUGAGUUCAAACCUGCAUCCACUUCCAGAAAUUUCUAGGAAAGAGUAUUUCUGUACUGACUCACAGGUUACCAGCUCAGAACAUAACUCAAGCUUAGUCAGUCAGCAGUCAGGCUCUGCAGGAAUGGAGCCAUGUGACAGCAGUGACUAUAGCAAAGCAUCCAGUCAGGCUGUGUCAGUUACGGAAUUUACACAAAGCCAAGCACAGGAUAAACCCUACAAGUGUGUGGACUGCGGGAAGUCGUUUAACCAUAAUGCGCACCUCACAGUGCAUAAGAGGAUCCACACAGGAGAGAGACCUUAUAUGUGCAAAGAGUGUGGGAAAGCCUUUAGCCAGAACUCUUCCCUGGUUCAACACGAGCGAAUCCACACGGGAGACAAGCCCUAUAAAUGUGCCGAGUGUGGGAAGUCUUUCUGCCAUAGCACCCACCUCACUGUCCAUCGAAGAAUCCACACUGGAGAGAAACCCUAUGAGUGUCAGGACUGCGGGAGGGCCUUCAACCAGAAUUCAUCCCUGGGACGGCACAAGCGGACGCACACUGGUGAGAAGCCAUACACCUGCAGUGUGUGUGGGAAAUCCUUCUCGCGGACCACGUGCCUGUUCCUGCAUCUGAGGACUCAUACUGAGGAGAGGCCCUACGAGUGUAACCACUGUGGGAAGGGCUUCAGGCACAGCUCCUCCCUGGCACAGCAUCAACGAAAGCAUGCCGGGGAGAAACCCUACGAGUGCCGCCAGAGGCUCAUCUUCGGACAGACGCAAGCCCUGACCAAGCAGGAGUGGGCGGGAGCCCUGGACUGUGACCCAGCUUUGAAUCCAGAGGAGAGGGCUCACCGGAGUGACAGGCCCUUUAAGUGUAGCCAUUGUGGGAAGUGUUUCAGUCAGAGCUCACACCUCAUCCGACACCAGGUGACUCACACCAGAGAGGAGCCCCGUGGACGGAGCAGACGGCGGCGCGAGCAGCCCCGUGGCCGGAGCUCGCACGUGGGCCGACACCAGCAGACACACUCGGGCGAGAACCCUGGGGGCGGGACGAAGGCAGCACAGCCUGCGAGCAGGACACUUGCCUUGUUUGACAUCCAUGAGAUCAUUCAAGAGAAGAACCCAGUGCGUGUCAUCGGGGUGGAGGAGCCUCCUGUGGACUCUUCUGUGCUGUUUGACAUCAGAGAAUCCUCAUAAGAGAAUCAACUCUACAGAGGACUUUGGAACCCCAGGCACAAAAAUGUGGUAAGUCCACAUAGUGCACUUACAGAAAGGGGGCUGGGGGUACAAAUGCCAAGGUGACCUCUGAUUUCCUGAGAAACGGUGCUUCCCAAACACCUAACAUUGAUGGUCCCCAGAUCCGUUGAGCCCAAUGCCCUCUUUAACCACAGGUAUUUUGUAUUGUUCCUUCUGUUAUGCUGAAAUGAACUCACGGGUUACGUGACCUACGCACACGUGAAUGUCAAAAAAUAGAUAUAUGGCCCCGUUUUGUAUACGAUGAUUAAAAUGAAAAGAGUUCAUGACAGAGUAAUGUUUCUGGCUUGGUCUGGUAUCCAUGUGACUGGUGGGCCAUUACACCCAGAAACCUAAGGCAUUACCUGUUGUUUGAUGUCUGGUGCAGGGGUGAUGGUGUUGGCCGUGGAUAUAUUGUGAGGGCCGUUCCUGUAUGGGAUAUGAUUUUCCAGAGUGGUGACUCUUAAGGAAGUUUUGAACAACACAAAAUACCGUUGCAUUUCUGGAAAGUUUGUGUAAAAUUCUAAGCAUGCAGGAAUUAAUUUGUGUUUAUAUGUGAAGUGGACUUAGAAUUCUGAAGGACCUUUAAAGGAUAUGGACAGGUUGUUACACACAUACAUACCUGCUCUCCAGGGGCCAGUUCUGCUCUUCACAGUCAUUAGAGAUGCUUGGUCCCCACCCAUGUUAGCCACACUCAUGCCCAAAUUAGGACAAGCCCCCUUGAAAUUCCACAACCUUCCUUGGGAGUGUCACAGCUCCUAUAGACAACCAUUGCCUCUACAGUUCUAAAUAGCCAGUGUUGCUAUAAGCUGGAGGUUCUCAAUCGGUGGUUUUGGCCACCAUGAAACAUUUGGUGAUGUCUGGAGACAUUUUUGGUUGUCAUGACUUGCAGAAAGGAGGGGUGCUGCUGGCAUCUAGUGGGUAGAGGCCAGAAAUAACAAACAUACUGCAAUGCCCAUGAUAGUCUCCUCGUCAAAGAAGCAUCUGGCCCUAAACAUGCUGUGAUAGAGAAACCGUGCCUAGCGCUCCAGCCACUUUUGUCCAAAUUCUGUAUAUUGAUCUGAUCAGGCCUAUAUUAACAAUCUUAUACUUCUGAUUUUAACAAUGUUAUCAUUAGUUUAUACGCAAUGUGUUUUUCAGUAAUUUUUUUUUCAGAUUUGUAGCAUUUAUAAUUGUCAUGAAGAAAGGAAGAGAAUCUGCUUUUUUUUCUGAGUUGUCUAAAUGUUAGCAUUUUAUUGUGGACAUGGUAAAACAUGGUUAAUAAAUUUCACUGGUACUCUAUCUGUGACAGGAUAAUUUUCA